AGUGCGGGACCUGAGGCGGCGUGUGUGAGCUGUGGCCGCUGGCGGGGUCACGGGGGAGCGGCGGAGCCGCCCGGGAAGGCCAAGUCAUGACUACAGUAGCGGUACAUGUGGACUCCAAAGCUGAGCUCACUACCCUGCUGGAGCAGUGGGAAAAGGAACAUGGCAGUGGGCAGGACAUGGUACCUAUCCUUACCAGGGGACACGGCCAAAAGAUGUCUGAAUUGAUUGAAAAAGAAACUGAAGAAUAUCGUAAGGGGGAUUCAGACCCAUUUGAUGAUCGACAUCCUGGUCGAGCUGAUCCAGAGUGUAUGCUGGGCCACUUGCUGAGAAUACUCUUCAAGAAUGAUGAUUUCAUGAAUGCACUGGUGAAUGCAUAUGUGAUGACAAGCCGAGAGCCCCCUUUAAACACUGUCGCUUGCAGACUCCUACUGGACAUAAUGCCAGGGCUAGAAACUGCUGUCGUCUUUCAAAAAAAGGAAGGAAUUGUUGAGAAUCUUUUCAAAUGGGCCCGAGAGGCUGAUCAGCCACUGAGGACAUAUUCUACUGGUCUGUUAGGAGGUGCUAUGGAAAAUCAAGACAUUGCUGCCAACUACAGGGAUGAAAAUUCACAGCUGGUGGCAAUAGUACUUCGAAGACUGAGGGAGCUACAGCUUCAGGAAGUAGCUUUGAGGCAAGAAAGCAAGCGUCCUAGCCCACAAAAGCUCUCCUCUGAACCCCUUUUGCCCCUGGAUGAAGAAGCUGUGGAUAUGGACUAUGGCGACAUGGCUGUAGAUGUAGUGGAUGGCAAACAAGAGGAAGCUUCUGGAGACAUGGAGAUCUCCUUUCAUCUUGAUUCAGGCCACAAGACCAGUAGCAGAGUGAACUCAGCAACUAAACCUGAGGAAGGAGGAUUGAGGAAAAACAAGUCAGCGAAACAGGGUGACAGAGAGAGCUUUAGGAAAGCCAAGCAAAAGUUGGGUUUCUCAUCAUCUGAUCCAGAUCGCAUGUUUGUUGAGCUGUCUAACAGCAGCUGGUCAGAAAUGUCCCCCUGGGUGAUUGGCACCAAUUAUACCCUUUAUCCUAUGACUCCUGCUAUCGAGCAGCGACUUAUUCUCCAGUAUCUGACCCCUUUAGGAGAAUAUCAGGAGUUACUUCCCAUAUUCAUGCAACUUGGAUCACGGGAUUUGAUGAUGUUCUAUAUUGACUUGAAACAGACUAACGAUGUCCUACUUACAUUUGAGGCACUCAAACACCUAGCAUCUCUCCUGCUCCAUAACAAGUUUGCCACAGAAUUUGUUGCGCAUGGUGGAGUACAGAAAUUACUGGAAAUUCCUCGUCCUUCUAUGGCUGCAACUGGUGUAUCCAUGUGCUUGUAUUACCUGUCCUACAACCAGGAUGCCAUGGAAAGAGUUUGCAUGCAUCCCCACAACGUUCUGUCUGAUGUGGUGAACUGCACACUGUGGUUAAUGGAAUGUUCUCAUGCUUCAGGAUGCUGCCACGCUACCAUGUUUUUCUCAAUCUGCUUCUCCUUCCGGGCUGUAUUGGAACUCUUUGACCGCUAUGAUUGUCUUCGUCGUCUGGUGAACUUGAUCAGUACUUUGGAGAUUCUAAAUUUGGAAGAUCAGGUUGCACUUCUGAGUGAUGAUGAAAUAUUUGCUAGCCGCCAAACUGGGAAACAUACCUGCAUGGCCUUGCGCAACAGUGAGCACACUCUGGCCAAGAUGUGGAAUGUGGUCCAGUCCAACAAUGGCAUCAAGGUGCUUCUGUCCUUACUGUCCAUCAAGAUGCCCAUCACAGAUGCAGACCAGAUCCGGGCCCUGGCCUGCAAGGCCCUGGUGGGCCUGUCUCGCAGUAGCACUGUCCGGCAGAUCAUCAGCAAACUGCCCCUUUUCAGCAGCUGUCAAAUUCAGCAACUGAUGAAAGAGCCUGUGCUGCAGGACAAAUGCAGUGACCAUGUCAAGUUCUUCAAGUAUGGUGCUGAGCUCAUUGAACGGGUGUCAGGAAAGCCACUUCUCAUUGGCACUGAUGUGUCCCUGGCACGACUUCAGAAAGCAGAUGUUGUUGCCCAGUCAAGGAUCUCCUUUCCUGAGAAAGAGCUGCUUCUGCUGAUACGAAACCAUCUCAUUUCUAAAGGGCUUGGGGAGACAGCAACUCUGCUGACUAAAGAGGCUGACCUGCCCAUGACUGCUGCCUCCCAUUCUUCUGCCUUCACCCCAGUCACUGCUGCUGCUUCUCCUGUUUCUCUUCCCCGUACCCCUCGCAUCGCCAAUGGCAUUGCAACUCGACUGGGCAGCCAUGCUGCUGUGGGUGCCUCUGCCCCUUCUGCCCCCUCUGCUCAUCCUCAGCCACGGGCCUCCCAGGGUUCACUAGCUCUGCCUGGCCCGUCUUAUGCAGGCAACUCCCCUUUGAUUGGUAGGAUCAGUUUUAUCAGAGAGAGGCCAUCACCCUGCAAUGGCAGGAAAAUCAGAGUGUUGCGGCAGAAGUCGGACCAUGGCGCCUACAGCCAAAGCCCAGCCAUAAAAAAGCAGUUGGACAGACAUCUUCCUUCCCCACCUACGCUGGACAGUAUUAUCACAGAAUAUCUUAGAGAGCAGCAUGCUCGCUGUAGGAACCCAGUUGCCACCUGCCCACCUUUCUCUCUCUUUACUCCUCACCACUGUCCUGAGCCAAAACAGAGGCGGCAAGCGCCAAUAAACUUUACCUCAAGGCUAAACCGCAGGGCAUCAUUUCCAAAGUAUGGAGGGGUGGAUGGCGGAUGCUUUGAUAGGCACCUUAUCUUUAGCAGGUUCCGUCCUAUUUCAGUGUUCCGGGAUGCCAAUGAGGAUGAGAGUGGCUUCACCUGUUGUGCAUUCUCAGCACGAGAGCGGUUCCUGAUGCUUGGCACCUGCACUGGGCAAUUGAAGCUCUAUAAUGUGUUUAGUGGACAGGAGGAGGCCAGCUAUAACUGUCACAAUUCAGCUAUCACACACCUUGAACCUUCCAGGGACGGGUCCUUGCUGCUGACAUCUGCUACUUGGAGCCAGCCUCUGUCUGCACUUUGGGGAAUGAAAUCAGUAUUUGAUAUGAAGCAUUCCUGCACAGAAGAUCACUAUGUUGAGUUCAGUAAGCACUCUCAGGAUCGGGUCAUAGGCACAAAAGGAGACAUUGCCCAUAUUUAUGAUAUUCAGACUGGCAACAAGCUGUUGACUCUGUUUAACCCAGAUCUUGCCAACAACUACAAGAGGAACUGUGCCACCUUUAAUCCUACAGAUGAUCUUGUCUUAAAUGAUGGCGUCCUCUGGGAUGUCCGCUCUGCACAGGCCAUCCACAAGUUUGACAAGUUCAACAUGAACAUCAGUGGCGUUUUCCAUCCGAAUGGGCUGGAGGUCAUCAUUAAUACUGAGAUUUGGGACCUUCGUACUUUCCAUCUUUUACACACAGUUCCUGCUCUAGAUCAGUGUCGAGUGGUGUUCAACCACACGGGGACAGUGAUGUAUGGAGCUAUGUUGCAGGCAGAUGAUGAAGAUGACUUAAUGGAAGAGAGGAUGAAAAGCCCUUUUGGAUCAUCCUUCCGAACAUUUAAUGCAACUGAUUACAAACCUAUAGCGACCAUUGAUGUGAAACGGAACAUUUUUGACCUAUGUACAGACACCAAAGACUGCUAUCUUGCUGUCAUCGAGAACCAAGGCAGCAUGGAUUCUCUGAACAUGGACACGGUGUGCAGGCUGUAUGAAGUAGGCAGGCAGCGUCUGGCAGAGGAUGAGGAUGAAGAGGAGGAUCAGGAAGAGGAAGAACAGGAGGAAGAAGAUGAUGAUGAAGAUGAUGACGACACUGAUGAUUUAGAUGAGCUUGACACUGACCAGUUGCUGGAGGCGGAGUUGGAGGAGGAUGACAACAAUGAGAACGCAGGGGAGGAUGGGGACAAUGACUUUUCUCCCUCUGAUGAGGAGCUAGCAAACCUGCUAGAGGAGGGAGAGGACGGAGAAGAUGAAGACUCUGAUGCAGAUGAGGAAGUGGAACUGAUCCUGGGGGACAAUAAGUCUAGGGCUGACCAUGAGGCUGAGCUUGGGUACCUAGGGAAAGGGCCCUUCCCUGUGCCAGCCCAGCCCAGAGGGCAAGCCACACCAGGGUUCUGUGCCCCAUAACUAGAGUCACUACCUGGGCCCAGCAGUUUCACAUCUCUCAUGACGACUCUGUAACCAAAUGGCUAUUAUCUCUUUAAAACAGGGGUUGGCAGACUUCUACAGAGGCUGGACAGUAAAUGGGCUGAAUGGUCUCUUUUGCAGCUACUCAGCUUUGCUGUUGUAGUGUGAGAGCAGCCAGAGACAAGACAUAAAUUAAUGAUGUGG